CCACAGUGGAUCCAGAGGAGGAACCAGGAAUGUUCGGAGGGAGUUUCACUAGCGAGCUGUGACUGAGCCACGACGCUGUAAAAAUAUGAUUUUAAUCCAAAAUAUGACGUAUUAUAUGUAAUAAUAUGUGUUUUGUUUAAAUUAAGUAAGGGUUUGUUUUUUUGUAUUCCGUUUGUAGCUAGUGACUGGCAACAUAAAAGUUAGCUGGUUGGUAAUUUUGGCUAGCUCGGAAAUAAUCAAUAGUAUGGCUUUGAUAGCCGCGGAGCAUGGCUGCAAAAUGAACGGAACAUCGGUGAUUUAUGGCCGAGUAGGGCCAAGAAAAGACGGCUUCCACGGGAAGGCGGACGCCUUCAAGAAUGGACAACCAAAAGAGGGGGAGUAUUCAACAGAUGGGCUCCCCAAAGCGUUCCUGCACAGCCUGAGGACCCUGUUUGACAUCCUGGAUGACGCCGGCAAAGGGUACGUCCACAUAUCCGAGAUAGAGAGCCGCUGGCAGGGCGCGGACACCCGGGAGCUGCCCGGCGGUGUGUUGAUCUGCCUGCGCCGGGUCACCCCUCCGCACGGCUGCCUGACAUUCGAACGCUUUGUCGCGGGGCUCCGCUACUCCAUGCUCAACCCGGAGAACCACCUGAAAGCCCAGGCGGCCGUGCACCCUCAGCAGACCCAGAAGCCUGCACCGUUGUCCGCAUGCAGCGUCGCGGCCAGGGUGGAGAAUAAGGUCCGUCCGCUGGGGCCGAGCAAUGUGACCAACAUCCAGCCUCACCGUUCGUCGAUGAGCCGGGCCAGGCCGGAGGAAGGAGGUGGCUAUCCGGCGUGUGGACCGGCGAGGUACGGUGCCGGGUACGAGAGGCCCGGGCGGAGCUUAGAGCGCAUUCCUGCCGCUCUGGAGGGCGGCGGUGUCGGUGGAGGAUGUUACCGGAUGGAGCCAGGUCAUGUCUCCAAGGCAUCACAGCCCCAGCAGACCCGGGUCAGGUCCAUUGAGUCUCUGGCCCUGGAAUCACCUCAACUCCAGGGAACAAGCGUCACCAAACCGAAUUUGCCCAGAUCCCAGAGCGAGUCGGCGACUGGAUUCACGGGAGGCCCCAGGCGACACGGGCGCACCCGGGAUGAGCAGAGGCGGCACACCAUAUCCAACGGAGUGGAUUAUGAAAUGCUGAAGCAAAUGAAAGAGCUGGAGCAGGAGAAAGACUCCCUGCUGGCGGGCCUGGAGGUGGUGGAGCGGGCCCGGGACUGGUACCAGGGCCAGAUCCACAAUGUCACGGAGAGACAGCGGCAGGUUGGACAGAAUUCCCAGUGCACGGACUUUUUCACUGAAGCCAACCAAAGUCGUAUCAACGUUCUCAUUCCCAAACUACAAGAAGUCAACCGCUGCCUCAAUGACCUCAUUUGCUGCACUGGAAUGUCAUCGUUCCCCUCCAGCGGUGCCCAGACACACUCCACAAGCUCGCAGCCUCCGGUUCCAGCUCCCCCACAAGCCAUCCUGCGACUGAAGGACCAGAACCGACUCCUUACGCAGGAGGUGACGGACAAGAGCGAGCGCAUCGCCCAGCUGGAGCAGGAGAAGUCGGCCCUGAUAAAGCAGCUUUUCGAGGCCCGCGCCCGCAGCGUUCAGGACACCAGCACCAUGGACUCCACCUUCAUCUGACUCCCGCGGGAGAUGCAGAGCCAAACAUUCGUAAGACUGAAGCCGUUUGUCGCCGCCCCUCGUUUACCCGACUGAGCCUUUGGCGCCGGUGCACCUUUGUGACACGUAAACACACCUUUUGACUGCAACUUAUAACCUCUCCAGUGCACACAAGCACGUCGCCACAGAGACACUCCAACUCUUCAGCUUUCUUGACUUCCUGCUGCUCAAACUACCACUUUUACAAAUAAAAAAAGCUAAAGGACAAUUUGGGGAAGAGGUUCUCAUGGAAUAAAACGCCAUAUUUUUACAGUUAAAUUACCUAAAAAAAAAAAGGGCCACACCUUUUUGUUUGAUCCCUGCAUCUAACUCACAAAAUACACAGAGAACUUUUUACAGUAUUUCCUUUCCUAUCAUGUGAAUCCUCCCCCCUUUGUGUUGUAUUUUAAAUACUAAGAUUUUUUAAAAUAAUAUAGCUGCAUGUUACUUUGUGUUAAAAAGAUCUUACAUGAGUUUUGCAAUGUUAUCGUACGAUGGUAAGGGAGAGGAGGUCAGUUAGCCUAUCAAGCCAACGCGAACCUGAAGGGUGGACAAGACAGGUUUCGAAAGUUUGCAUGUGGGGAAAAGUCGACAAACUAAAGCUCUUCUUGGAUUUUUCGUUCUAAAUGUGACUAUUGAUCGUCUGAAGAGCUUAUGAGCACGUCAAACAUGUAGCCAUCCACACAUUUACACAUUACUAGUUCGUGGCUGGGCGUAUAAAGAAAUAAUAAUCGAUUGUAGGUGUUUACAGGAAGUGUAUGGUACUGCUCGAGGGUGGGGGGGUCUGCAUAUAACAUAGUUAUAUAGCGUUGAAUGUUGUGUUUUACUGCUGCUUUAAGUAUUUCAUGUGAGUGAAACUCUUCCCCCGUCUCCUUUCUAUUACAGGUACUUUGAAUGAAAUGUCAAUAAAUAUGAACAAACAG